AGACACAUCAAAGACUGCAGUGAGCAGGACAGACAGCAGAGAAGUUUGGAGGAAGAUUGUCGCCUCAGACAUUUCUCCUGUUGAAGAGAAAUAAUCCUGAUCUGGCCUAAAGAAUUCAGAGGGAUAUUUCAAAAUGGGAACGAAGUUUUCACGCCAACCAAAUCCAUGGAAUAUUUGUUUUUACAGCACCUGGGACUAAACUGUUUUCAGACCAUCUACCAUUCACUGGCUGCCUUUUUUGCAACUUUCAAAACUUUUUAUAAUCUCACACUAUGGACCUCUCAGGCUCUUUGCCUCCCCCUUCCCCAUACACCUUCCCUAUUAUCCCCAAUUUCUCUGUUCCCUCCUCCUCUCCCUCUAUCUCUCCAUCCCCCAGCCUGGCAUCCACAGCUCUCUUCUGCUCCCUCCUCUCCCUCCUCUCCUUGCUGGGCAUCACAGGAAACCUGUACACUAUGGGCCUCCUUCUGAGGCGCAAGACAAGUAGAAGAAGAUGUGGAGCAGGAACGGCCUGCUGCUUGAUGAAAGUACCUGUACCAUCCUGCCUCGCCAACUCCUCCUCCCCUUCCUCCUCUUCCUCUCCCUCCUCCUCUCUUCAUCUCCAGGUGCUGAGCCUUGCUCUUGCUGAUCUGCUCUACCUUUUCACCGCUCCCUUCAUCGUAUACGACAGCUUGGCUUCAGGCUGGGCCUUUGGUGAGCCAGGCUGCCGUCUCCUCCUGAGCCUCGACCUCCUCACCAUGCACGCUUCCAUCUUUACUCUCACUGCCAUGAGUCUGGACCGCUACCGGGCAGUGGCCCAUCCCCUGCACACCUCCUCCUCCAACUCCUCCAGCCUGCUGCGUGUAGGCCUGGCCUGGGGACUGGCUGUGGCUCUCAGUCUGCCCAUGAUGAUCACGCUGCACCUGGAGGAUGGGGAGAACCACGAGGGCCAGCUGUGUGUGCCGGCAUGGGACGAGCAGAGCUCCAAGGCCUAUCUGAGCGUGCUCUUCUGCACCAGCAUUCUUGGUCCCGGGCUAGCCAUUGGAGCACUUUAUGCUACUCUAGGCCGGCUUUACUGGGUGUCUCAGACCAGGCCAGGCUGGGCCAGUGGGGGCAGCACUGCUUGUCCCCCCCGUGCACCCAAACCCAAAGUUCUGCUCCUCAUACUUGGUAUUGUUCUGGCCUUCUGGGCCUGCUUCCUCCCUUUCUGGAUCUGGCAGCUGCUGCCACUCUAUCAGCCCGACAUGCUGCGGACAGUACCAGUAGGGACACAGGUGACUGUGAAUCGUAUCCUCACAGGGCUGACGUAUGGGAACUCCUGUGUGAAUCCAUUCUUCUACACACUAUUGACUGGAAAACGAAGAUGUAACCGGCAGACGAUGACAUCAGCAAAUCAGCUCUGCCGUAAGAGCAGUCCACUGCAGUAGUAUGUAUGUGUGUGUGUGAGAGUGUAGACAAUAAUGUGAGUGUACAUACAUUUGUGACAAGGUACUGUAUAUGAAUGCUUUAUGAGUUCCAUACUAGGCACCACGACGGAUUUAUCCUUAGACUACAAACUAAGGAAACAGAACGAUACUGAGCAAAUGAUAGCACUUUGUAUAAAUGCUUUAAAAAAGAACUUCCUGUUGGGAGACAAUCAAAAAGACAUGUCACCUAAUAAAUGCUUUAUCUGAUAACAUUUCACAAACUUUGAUGGUCAUAUAAAAUAAUGUGUCUUUAAUUGAUGUAGUUACCAAGUUAAUUAUUUGGUUUUAAAUGUUUUGAUAUUAUAUUUGUGCCUAUGGUAAAGUAAAACAAUGGCAUUUGUAACAAAAGUGGUUACUGCAGUAAUUCCUUGUGCAGAGUAACUUACCCCAAAAACAGAUUUAAUAACAGAUGUAUUGUUUAUUUAGUCAACAAAAAACCUGUAUUGUAUACAUUGAGAAGAGUUUAUGUUGUAUGUUGCGCAUGCACAAGCCUUUCCAGUAAAUCCCUUCUGCUUGUUUUUAGAGAACUAUCAAAGAAAAUGUUUGUUUUUGAAAAACUGGCUGUAACUGGCCAGAACCUCUUGGGACAUUUUUCUGAGACAUUGUUUGUUGACAUAAUGAAUUAUGUUUGAGCGGGUCAACAGUCUUUUGUCUUUUGUUAUAAUCAUGACCUGCAUGUUGGGUUUGAAAUUGUAGUCAUUAUUUUUGAAUCGUGCAAUUUGUUGCAUGGCUUAAACUUUUGUUGAUUGUAACUUAUGUUUAUAAUAAUGCCUAAUAUAUAGCUUUGAAUAAAGACUAUGCUUUCUGUA